GCAAUUUUUUUAAAAUCAGGUGCUCUGUGGAUGUGUAUAGUCUUAAAUCCCCACUGCAAGUUGGAGCAGAAGGCCAGUUGGCUAAAACAGCUGAAAAAAUGGAACAGUGUGGAUGUUUGUCCCUGGGAAGAUGGAAACCAUGGAAACGAGCUGCCCAAUUUAACCAAUGCUUUGCCUCAGGGUGCAAAUGCUAACCAAGAUUCAUCGAACAGGCCUCAUCGGACGGUGUUCACUCGAGCCAUUGAGGCGUGCGAUCUUCACUGGCAGGACAGCCACUUACAGCACAUCAUCAGCAGUGACCUAUACACCAACUACUGUUACCAUGACGACUCUGAAAACUCGCUCUUUGACUCUCACGGGUGGCCCCUCUGGCAUGAACAUGUUCCUACAGCCUGUGCAAGGGUGGAUGCAUUACGAUCUCAUGGAUACCCAAGAGAAGCACUGAGGCUAGCAAUAGCUAUUGUUAAUACACUAAGAAGGCAGCAGCAGAAACAACUGGAAGUGUUCCGGGCUCAGAAGAAAGAGCUUCUCCACAAAGGAGUAACCUCAAUAACAAAUCUGGAAGGCUGGGUGGGACAUCCUUUGGAUCCAAUUGGCACUCUCUUCAGUAGCCUGAUGGAAGCCUGCAGGGUGGAUGAUGAGAGCUUCCAUGGAUUCUCAGACAUUAUGGAGAACAUGGGGCAAUGCAAAUCUCUGGAGUACCAGCACCUGCCUGCACACAAGUUCUUGGAAGAAGGGGAAUCAUAUUUAACACUGGCUGUGGAAGUAGCAUUGAUAGGGCUGGGACAGCAACGAAUAAUGCCAGAUGGCUUGUAUGCACAAGAGAAGGUUUGUCGAAAUGAGGAGCAACUCAUUUCUAAGCUACAGGAAAUUGAAUUGGAUGAUACUCUGGUGAAGAUUCUUCGGAAACAAGCAGUCUUCCUAUUAGAAGCUGGACCAUAUAGUGGAUUAGGGGAAGUCAUUCAUCGAGAGAGCGUUCCAAUGCACACAUUUGCCAAGUAUCUCUUCACCUCUCUCCUACCUCAUGAUGCUGAAUUGGCAUACAAAACUGCACUGAGAGCCAUGCGGUAUGUAUUCACAAGUCACCUAGAAAGACCACAAGUAGCAGUUGGGAAAAGAGGGGAAAGCUUGGUAAGCAAGACCUCAGCAUUACUCCCUUUAAGGACAAAUUACUUUGGUUCUGUCAUCUGUCAAACCAAGUGAUGUCUGUAUCAAAUAUGGCAUAACAAUUUAUAAAUGUACAAUUAGUGUCUACCUCCAACUGUAAAACAGUGUUCUGUUGUAACUAUUUAUUUCAUUCUAGCAUCCCUGUUAGGAUGUGUGGUUUUAUGUUUAACAGUGGCAGUGUUAGCAUGUGUGUUCUCAUCCAGCUGUUUGUAUGUGGUGGUAGUGGUGUGCAGGAAGAGUCAUCUAAUGCUGUAUCAUUUCCUGCCUAGCCUCUAGCCUUAGAUUUGUAGAACUGUUAGUUCCAUCAGCUAUCUUUAUAAAUAAGGUGUCAAUGGUAGAUUUUUAAACCAUAUGGUAUUGUCUGAUACAGUACUUGUUUCAUAACUAGUUGGUCUUGCACACACUUCUGGGUGAACACUGGGAUUUAAAUGGAGUAUAUGUUAUAUGACAGCAAAAUAUGUGACUUGCAUCCCAUUUGUCUUCAGUAAUGGGGAGAAAGAUAUUUCUCAGGGAGCUCUCACUGUGUGUUGGCUUGAUCUCAGGGCAGGCCAGAUUGCUAACAGGGCUAAGAAGAGCCUUCUGAAGGAAAUUUCAAGGGUCUAAAUGAUUAGUAAUAAAUCUGUUGUCCUCCUACACUGCAGGGAAGAAGCUGGUCCCAUCUGGAUUGUCUGGUUGCUGUCAAUAACUUGUAUUAAAUGAUGAUUGCCAGUUGUGGCAAUUCUGUGACUGCUAGAAGCAAUCAAGUCUGUGUUUAAACGUGUGUUUGGUGUUCAUGAUCACUAUUAUCAAGAAUGAUUGCACAGUGAUUGUAGGAUGUGCUAUCCGCAUUAAUAGUAUUUAUCUUCAUCAGGCAGAUUGUGUUAAUGGUUUGGAUAUGUUUAUUUAUUCUGGAGUUUCUGCAGAAUGCUAGACAAGGAGAAAACAACUGUGUGGUCAAAGAACUAAACAGGAUAACUACUGUUGUGUUCAGGGACAUGGUUUAAUGAGAACUGUUGGUGAUAGGCAGACAGUUGGACUGGAUGAUCUUGUAGGUCUUUUCCAAUCCUGGAGAUUCUAUGAUUGUAUCAGAUUAGACCAAAAGUUUGUUUAGCCUAGAUUUGUUGUUUUUCAUUUGUUUUUGUCUUUAGGUAUAUCUGGCAAUGGGUAUUAGAGGAGGAGUCUCAGAAAUACAAAAUGGCCUUGCAUACUUGCUUGUAAUUAGAAAUUUAGGAACUGUAUUGACAAGACGAUGCAUCAUUAGUGAACUAUUGAGAACAUUCAAACAUGAUCAGAAAGCUGUCAUUUACAGCUUUUUACAUUUCUUUCUUAAGUGUAUCAGUAACACUGGUCAUAGCAGAUCGUCAAGAUAGUACAGUAGGCACAGUAAAAAGAAAAAAAGUCGAUUUUUGUAAAGUGGACUUUUGUCUUUAUAUUGGUUUCCAGUCUGUACGUUGGAGUGUUUCUCAGAGGUGAUUUGUGUGGGGUUUUCCUCCUUAAGCUAAACUUGAAAGGCUGGAAAAGAUACCUAUCAGCAGCUUUGCGUCGUGCACUGUACACUUCAGUGGAUGUCCACGCCAUUCCUCUUGAACAAGGACAUGUCACUUCUGAAAACUUCUCUGGAAGUUUCUUUUCUCAACAAAAGAAACAAGAAUAGUGCUGAAAGAUCCUAGAUCAGGAAAUCUUAAGCCAAUCCAGCCACUUUCCUGCCAUCUCAGCUGAAGUUAUUUGUCCAAAAAAAAAGCCAAAAAAAAAUCCAACAAAACAAACAAGCAAGCACACCAGUAUCAGAAUGAGCUGCCUGUUUGCUUCUAUCUGUUAAAAUUACAUGAGGCAUUAGUAUAAUUAGGUCAGUUCUCCAUCGUCCAUUUGGCAUUGCUUUAUAAGACAGAUAAGAAUUCAUCCCUAAACAAAAGUCAGUCUUUCUGCAUUUUGAUGUGGUACUUUUUAGAAUUAUGGACUCCUGUUUUGAACUGUGAUAAUGGCAGAUUCAGACACUUUCUGUUAGAUGUCUCUGCGUUCUUAAGCAGAGUUCCCAAAACUUCUAAAAAAUCUUCUUCAAGAAGAUUAUUUGCUCUUCCGAUUCUCACAAAAGUGUUAGUUCAUAGUACAAAUAA